AUGAUGAUAGUAGAUGUUCAUCAGGAUAACAAUGAGGAUGAGGAUGAUAAUGAUCGAACAGAAAUUUACACACCACCGCCACUUGAUACAACAAAUGAUUUGAAUAAUAGUGAUGAACAAGAAAAUGUACAUGAUAGAAGUAGAAAUUCAAUCAAGCAACAAUCUUUUAUUCUAUUAGAUGAUAGUUUUGAUCAAGCAACAACUACAAACGAGCCUGCGAAUGAGCCAACUCAUAAUUAUUGGGAUCAAUGGCCAUUAGCCGAUAGUGGAUUACAUGAUGAAGAGCAUUUAAAACUUUAUUCCAUACCUGAUAUUGAUAUUCCUCCAUCUCCUCCACGACAAAUUAUGUUGUCUCCUAUUGAUCAAACUUCUACAACUACUGAAAAAAAAAUUUUUGAUCUAUUAAAUCUCCCACCAUUAUUAUCAACAUCUACUAAGACAAGUAAUAGCGAAAGAAAAAAGCCAUCAACAAAACGAAAAAGAAAAAAGAAGCCAAUGUGUGAAUAUCGGCCACCAUCUCCAUUUUCACCAAAACCAUAUUACAAAUCAAUGGCAAUUGAAGAAUUAAAAAGUCAUGCCACGCUUUAUGGUCUUUCAACAACUCAAGCUAAAGGGCGAUUAAUUAAAAUUCUUGAUGAAAUUUAUAAUUUUACACAUCAAUAUGAAACCGACACUGAUUAUGAAUUUGAUACAAAUGAUAUUAGCCAUGGGAAGAGUUGCUCGAAUAAAAAAACUAUCUCUCAUACUCCACCAACACCAACAAUUAUUUCUCAAGUUAAAAAACCGAAACAACACAAAGCUGUUCAUCAAAUGAGUUCUUCCGAUGAGAAUGAUGAUAAUCCUUUGCCGCCACCAUCGUCAGUAAAAAAACAAUGUCCAAUAGCAAUCUUAGAUAAUGACGACGAUGAUAAUAAUAGAUCAGACGAGUAUGACACAGAUCAUGAAGGACGUUUUCUUGAACUUACAGUUUAUGAUCUUUCAUCGACAACAACAUCCUCGAGCUCAUUAUCCAUUGUUGAUACUCCACCUACUAAUCUUCCUUCAAAUGAUGGUCAUUUCAGUGGUUCAUCAAAAUUAUACAUCGAAAAUUGUUCUCAAGCAAAGAAACCUAUAAAAUCAAAAUCUAAAGCAAAACCAUCAACACCAACAUUAUCUUCCGAUUCCGAUGCAAUACCAACAAAAAAACUGCAAAAAAAGCCAAAAUUACAAACUCCUACAAUUCCUUUAAAACAAAUUGUUCGCACUUAUAUUGAAUCGAAUUCAAGUUUACACGCACGGAUACUUUGCUAUGAACCAAUUGAUUUCGAAGAAUUUCAUAAACAAAUAAAAACAGAUCUUAACAUUAGAAUAGCCUCGAAAGAAUUAAUGCAUUGUCUCGAUGAUCAAUGUAUUACUUUCACAUUGCGUUCCAGAAAAGGUGCUUUUACUAAUGUUAUGCGUGCUAAACGACGACACCAAUAG